UGUUGUGCAUUCAAGGCAGCAGCAGCUUCAGUACCAGCCUGCACUCCGCCGGAUACACUUCACCAGAGAGCCGCUACAUGCUCCACAGCCUGACGUCUUCUAAACAGACGAAAAGAAGGGGAGUCGUUUUUUUUUUUGUUUUGUUUUGUUUUGUUUUGCUAGAGUGGGAUUUUGUACCUCGCCUGCUUCGUAAGAGGAUUUAACUGCCAAAUGUUUGCACCGCGACGACGGGAGAGUAGCGGGCUGCUCCUGCUACUGGCGACCCUGGCAGGACUGCAGAUUGCAGCAGAAUGCAAGGCCACCCCACCAUGCAGGCCAGGCUUCUCUGAAGACGUAUAUGAGGUCGUGCUGCCAGAUAGCGCUGAGAAAGGACAGCCCCUUUUCACUGUGAGGUUUGUCGACUGCGGCAGAAGUGGUCUGGUGCGGCUGGAAUGCAACAACCCAGCUGACUACAGGAUAGAGGCCGACGGAGAGAUCUAUGCUGCCAGGAGUCUCUCCGGACCCCAAAAGCCACCGUUGUUGAUCAAGGCGAUUGACGACACCACUCAACAGCAAUGGAUUACCCUUGUUCGACUGAUGUUCCCCAGCCAGCAGGUCAAGGAAGCCGCUCCCGCUCCUGUCAUGUCCAAGGAUUUGAAGGAAAUAGUAUUUCCAUCACGAAACAAGCAAAGCCAGCUGAAACGCAUGAAGAGAGACUGGGUCAUUCCUCCAAUCAAUGUCCCUGAGAACUCGCGAGGUCCAUUCCCACAAGAGCUUGUCCGGAUCCGAUCAGACCACGACAAGAACCGAUCCUUGAGAUACAGCGUGACAGGCCCUGGUGCUGAUCAACCUCCGACUGGCAUUUUCCUCAUCGCCCCUAUCUCAGGAGAGCUAUCCGUUAACAAGCCUCUGGAUCGAGAACAUAUUCCCAACUUCCAUCUGAGAGCUCAUGCUGUGGACCUGAAUGGCAACCAAGUAGAAAACCCCAUUGAUAUUGUGAUCAAUGUGAUCGACAUGAACGAUAAUAGGCCAGAAUUCAACCACCAGAUCUGGAAUGGCACUGUCCCUGAGGGUUCGAAGCCAGGCACAUUUGUGAUGACAGUGACAGCCGUUGACAAAGACGAUCCCAAAACUGCUAAUGGGAUGUUGCGCUACAAGAUCCUCUCUCAGACCCCCGACAGCCCCACCUCCAACAUGUACACUAUCAAUAAUAAAACGGGAGGCAUCAUUACUGUAGCGGCAGGCUUGGACAGAGAGAAAGUGCCUCAGUACACACUCAUCAUCCAGGCCACUGACACCGAGGGCAACCCGACGUACGGCCUCUCCAACACAGCCACGGCAGUCAUCAGAGUCACCGACGUCAACGACAAUCCCCCAGAGUUCACGGCUGAGGCGUUUGUCGGCGAGGUGCACGAAAACCGCGUCAAUGUCAUCGUGGCCAACCUGUCAGUGACUGACAAGGACCAACCCAACACGCAGGCAUGGAACGCAGUCUACAAAAUCACCGGGGGCGACCCUACUGGCAGGUUCUCCGUGCCCACUGAUCCCACCACUAACGAGGGCUUGGUGACAGUUGUCAAGCCUAUUGACUAUGAAAUGAGUAGGACGUAUGUGCUGACCGUGGAGGCGAGGAACGAGGUUCCCCUGGCCAGAGGCAUCCACUCUCCUCGUCAGUCCACCGCCACAGUCUCCAUCCAAGUGAUAGAUGUCAACGAGAGCCCUUACUUCGAGCCCAACCCCAAACUCAUUAAGCUGGAAGAGGGAUUGGGGGCUGAGAGUAUGCUGACUACCUUUACGGCGCAGGAUCCCGACCGCUUCAUGAAGCAAAGCAUGCGGUACACCAAACUGUCUGAUCCAGCCAACUGGCUAAGGAUCGACCCAAACAGCGGUCGAAUCUCAACAAUGGCCGUACUGGACCGAGAAUCGCCUUUUGUGAGGAACAGCCUGUACAAUGCAACAUUCCUGGCUACUGACAACGGCAACCCGUCAGCAAGCGGCACCGGCACACUGCAGAUCUACCUGCUGGACAUCAAUGACAACGCCCCCAGGGUAUUCCCGCAAGAGGCAGAAAUAUGUGAAAAACCCGAGCCCAACGCCAUUAACAUCACCGCGUUGGAUGGCGACCUGAUGCCCAACGCCGGGCCAUUUGCCUUCGAGUUGGCUUCCAAGCCUGCCGACGUUAAGAGGAACUGGACCCUCACAAGAAUCAGCGGCGACUAUGCUCAACUGCGCCUGAAAAUUGGCUUCCUCGAGAGCGGAAUUUACGAGCUGCCCAUCAUCAUCACGGACUCCGGGAACCUGCCCCUGUCCAACACCUCCCACCUGAGAAUCAAAGUGUGCCAGUGUGACAUCAACGGAGAAUGCUCCGACCAGCAGCACAUCAUGGCCGCCGGGCUGGGCACGGGCGCCAUCAUCUCCAUCCUUCUGUGCAUCAUCAUCCUCCUCAUUCUCGUGCUGCUCUUUGUGGUUUGGAUGAAGCGGCGCGAUAAAGAACGCCAAGCUAAGCAGCUCCUAAUCGAUCCGGAGGAUGACGUGCGAGACAACAUUCUCAAGUAUGAUGAGGAAGGCGGUGGAGAAGAGGAUCAGGAUUACGACUUGAGUCAGCUCCAGCAACCUGACACGAUAGAACCCGAGGCCAUCAAACCGGUGGGGAUCAGACGCCUUGAUGAGCGACCCCUCCACCCUGAGCCACAGUACCCCAUGAGAUCGGGAGCGCCCCACCCCGGAGACAUUGGAGACUUCAUCAAUGAGGGCCUGAAGGCGGCGGACAACGACCCCACAGCUCCCCCCUACGACUCCCUGCUGGUGUUCGACUACGAAGGCAGCGGCUCCACGGCCGGCUCGCUCAGUUCGCUCAACUCGUCCAGCAGCGGCGGGGACCAGGACUACGACUACCUCAGCGACUGGGGGCCUCGCUUCAGAAAACUGGCGGACAUGUACGGCGGCAGCGACGACUAGGACAGCCACGCCACCGGAGGACAAAAA